AACCGUGACCUCCCGGUUCAUAGGCCAACACUCAACCACUGAGCCGCGCUGGCUGGCCUGAAUGUUUUUUUUUGUGAUGUUAAAGAUGCCAACCAACAAACAAAAAGCUUUCAUCUGUACAUCACUCAAUCUCCAAGGCGCUUUCACAGUGAACAGCUAGGUAGGUCUUUUUCCCCGUGGAAGAGAAGGAGGGGUGUCACUUUCAUUUCUGAAAAGCCUGGACCGGACAUAGGAUGAAUCAGAGGCAAGAGAGGAGCUUAAGCCCGAGCCACUUGCCUUCCCCUGCGCCACUGACUUUAUCAGCUGCCACCGACCCUGCGAGGCUCACACCCAUGUCUUCUCUGACUUUCCCGGCUCAUAAUGACCCCUGGGCCUCCCUUCACACUUUACUCCCAUGCCCCCUCCCCCUCCCUCCCACGGAUGGACUCCACUCUCCUAUAAUGGCCACGGGACGAUCUGUAAGGGAAAAGGACAGCAAAAGGUGUGGGAGGCUCCCUUCUCGUUCUCUGAAUGUUUUCGCCACUUCCUUGCCUGUCCCUUUGUCCAGACUUCACAUUUAGAGCUGAUUCCUGAGUCCAGCUUUGGGUUCUGCUUUGCUCUUUUAAAGGCGGCGGCCCCGAAGAGCAUCCCAGAGGCUGGUCGGGAGCUGGCAGAGCUGGUGGAGCGGCUUGUAGACAUCGUCAGGAGCCUUCAGAAGCAGAGGCAUCUCCCAGAAUCUGGGCCGCAGAACAAGCUGAACGUCCUGGGCAUGGCUUUUUCUGGUGGGGUGGACCAUUCCUUGACAUCUCCAAAGCUAGCAACUUCCAACAGAGCUGAGGAAAAAAUGAGAGACAUUCUGCAUGACCUCGAAGACAUCCGGGGGAAAUUGCAAGAAAGCUUCACAUUGCAAGAAAGCUUCCCGGGGAAAGAGCUGCGUGAAGAACAGAGGCAGGUUAAAGCCCGGGAAGGUCUGCCUUCCUCCGCAUGCCCACGGACUGACCAGAGUCUCCUUGCAUCCAGGUUUGUUCAAUGGGCUAUCAGUCCAACCUUUGACCCGGGGACCCUGCCCUGUAACCUGGAGGUGUCGGAGGAUCGCAGGAAGGUGACUGUAUGUCACAUCGAACAGCAUUAUGCCUGGAGUCACGACAGGUUUACGACCUGCCAGGUCUUAUGCUCCCAAGCCUUCUCGUCUGGGCAGCACUACUGGGAAGUGGACACUCAGCAGUGCAGCCACUGGGCGGUCGGCGUGGCUUCCUGGGGGAUGAGCCGAGACCAGAUCCUGGGGAGGACCACGGACUCCUGGUGCGUGGAGUGGAAGGGGACCAGCCAGCUCUCCAUGUGGCACAUGGUCAAGGAAACUGUCCUCAGCGCAGAAAAACCGAGGGUGGUGGGCAUCUGGCUGGACCUGGAGCGGGGGAAGCUUGCCUUCUACUCAGUGGCUAAUCAGGAGACACUCCUGGGCGAGUGCCCAGUCUCUGCCUCCUCGACCCUGCACCCUGCCUUCUGGCUCUAUGGUUUAGAUUCCGGAAACUCGCUGACCAUCAGGCCAGUAAAGGCAUAAAGGUUAAAAUACGUUGGUUUCCUGUCCUCUUUCUCUGCCUUCGAGAAUCCCACUCCCAAAGUUAAGGGUGUGCGGUGAAGGCUUAACUGCAGAGUCCAGAGAAAGAAAGAAAGGGCCCUUGGAUUGGAUUGGCGCCUGGAACGUAAUCUCUAAUCCUUUGGAAUACCCUGCCUGGUAAGAGCGUUCACCUGGGGGCCUUGGGCCGGGAGGUAUCGUCAGCUUGACCUCAGGAGAGGCUGGAGACUGAGGUCAGCCACCUGGUUGGUGAGGCCUGUCUACCUGACCGACCUCCACGGAAAGCCCCGGGUACCAAUAGUCCUUGCACAUUGUCACACAUCAUUGCUGGGAGAAUUAAGAAUUGUCUAUCGGACUCUACUGGGAGGAGGUAAUUGGUGUCUCCUGGCUGCUGCCCUGUGUGCCUUCUUUUUACUGCUGAAUUUAAUAUGUAUAUUUUCACUGUCAUAAAUGGUAACCAUGAGUAUAACAGCUCUGCUGUUGUUGAUAAGCAGUCAGUACCACAGCUGCUAAGGGGCCCCUCUGAGCGCUUACUGAUAACAAGUGGAGAAGCAACGAGGGCAAGAGGACACACUUAGACUAAAAACACUGGUACUCGGCUCAUCAGUGCUGUCAUGGCGGGCUUGCUGAAGAAGGCCACCGGAUUUCCGGGAUGGGCUGUAUGUGAGAGCCCACAUGAGAGGCUAAGAGUAUUGUACACAAAGAUUCUUGAUGUUCUUGAGCAAGUCUAAAAGUGCAGCAUAUAGGAAGUAGAGAUUACAAAUGAGAAGCUGGAUAUGGUUAAAGCAAAACCAGAUGUCAGAAAAUUAGAAGACUGACUUCAAGGUGGCCAAAUAGAAGAAGUGAUUCUUCAGCUGAAAAUGAACUAAGUCUGG